CUCAGCUGUAUAUCAAUGGGCGCAGCCAUACAAUGUUAUGUUUGCGACUCCAGCGUCAAUCCCGGCUGUGAGGAUCUCAAUCCCAACUCGAGCAUUGUUUCCGUAAACUGCACUCUGGACAAAAUGAAAUCAGUGGACAGCUGGCUUUUUGAACUGAACAAGUUUGAUUACUUUGAUAAUGGCGCAAACAAGAAUCCGCUUAUGAAUUGCCAAAAGGUGGUGGCUAAAGAUUAUGAAACCAACAAGAUGGUAACAGCACGCUUCUGUCAGUUGGACACUGGAGAUUCAGAUGCUUGUGAAAUUCUGCGCUCCAAGUUGAAAAUCAGUAGUGAUAACAAUGGAGGGCAGCGGGGUCAGAGGCAGAGGCGUUGGGAGCGGGAUCAGCAUCAACAGCAACAACAACAGCAGCAGCAGCGACGCAAGGGUCAUGGCAAGGAUGCUGAAGAAGAGGCUUCAGCCGAGGAUGAAUUCUUUUGUGAUAUUUGCAAAAAGGAUCACUGCAAUGGAGCUGACGCUGUCACGCUAACGUCAUACACGAUAAUAGGUGUAAUGUUUGUAUUGCAACAGCUGCUGACACGCCCCCUAAUUCGCUGCUGAAGCGAGAGGGGCGGUGUAGAUGUCACGGCUAAACGCUGGUUGCAUUUAGGUUGAGUUACCUUUAACGUUUAUCGUUUACUUUGUAAAUAUUCGAGUGCCCAUU